AUGGCUUCUCCCUUCUCUACAGGACGGAGUAAUGCCAAAAGGAGAAUAUUACAAGUACUAGUCAAGGGUAAAGGCAUCAUGCCAGCCCCACCCACUACUCGUAAGAAAUGCAGAACUAUUCAGGGCGGAGAGUGUCUCGUAGAUUUAGGGGUGUGCUUUCAAUGCGGCCAGCCAGUGCACAUGAUUCAGGAGUGCCCCCAGAAUGCACAAGGCAGAAGGAAUGCUCCUAAAAAUUGGUCAAAUCAGAGGCCGCUUGCCCAAGAUUGUGUGUACUGUAUCACCCCUGAAGAGAUAGACAAGGAGAUUCCAGAAGAUGAAGAAACGAGAGUCAUCACUGCUUGUUCUUUGUUUGACUCCGGUGCUAUGAGGCCUUUUGUGUCCAUGGCAUUUGUGCUCGCGUGUAACCUGCCAACCGAAAGAUUACCUCAAGAUGUAAUAGUGUUGAUUCUUGAUAGGAGUACGAUCACCUGCACCCGAGUACUUAGAAACUGCUUGCUAAGCGUAAAUGGAAGAAUAAUGGAAGCCGAUCUAAUCAUCUUCAAUUUAUUAGGGUUCGAUAUUAUACUAGGGAUGGACUGGUUAUCCAAGCACUUUGCUAGGAUAGAUUGCCGAAACAAGGAGAUUAUCUUUGAUCCAUCAGAAGUUGGACAGAUCUGUUAUAUGUGA